AAAGCAAAGCGGAACGAGACGCAGCAGGAUAAGCGAAGCCGUCGUCGUUCACUUUGGAUCUGUCAUUCAGGACCGCUGCUCUAUCGUCGUUUUUCAACUUAAAUAACUGAAUAAAGUCUCAAAAUAUCGACUAAGAGGCUCUAGUACCACAUUAAGGCACGAAGGAAUUACUACGAUUGGUUCCAAGGUUCAAGCAACUGACCAAUCAAAAUGGAUGAGAAGAAGGUAAAUGGAAAUGGCCGACCGAUAGCAGAAAAUAGCGAAGGAGGUCUUCCGGGAACUAAAACAACACGGGAGGAAACCACGCCUCUUACAGGCGUGAAAAAUGGCGGAACACUCACAGACGAAGAUGGCUUGACGACCAAACUAGUCAGGCUUCCAUCUCGGAGAAUCACCCUGAGACUGAUAAUGGCUACGUUUUCAGCUGUGAUGGGAUCACUACAGUUUGGCUACAACACUGGUGUGAUUAAUGCUCCUAAACAGGUGAUCAAACAAUUCCUGAAUGAGUCUGCGAUUUCUCGCGGGCAAGAAAUGUUUGACGAGGAUGGACUGACUCUCUAUUGGUCAAUCAUUGUGUCCAUCUUCGCCAUCGGAGGUAUGAUUGGUGGUCUGCUCGGAGGAUGGUGGGCGGAUUUUUUUGGCAGAAAAAAUGGCUUCCUGUUAAAUUGUGUGAUUGGUCUAGGCGCGGGGAUUCUGAUGUUGACGAGUCGCUAUGCCGACUCCUACGAGAUGAUUAUUAUUGGACGACUACUCAUUGGCAUCAACUGCGGCUUGUACACAGGACUUACCCCCAUUUACCUGUCAGAAAUAGCCCAGGCUAACAUCAGAGGUGCACUGGGCACGCUCAAUCAGCUUGGUGUUACAGUGGGAAUCCUCGGCUCGCAGAUUGUCGGUUUCCCAGAAGUACUUGGGAGUGAAAGUGGAUGGCAUAUCUUAUUAGGGCUCGCCAUCAUUCCGUGCGCCGUACAGGUCUUGACCAUGCCAUUCUGCCCAGACAGUCCCCGCUAUUUACUCAUCACCAAACGACGAGAGGAGGCAGCAACAAAGGCCUUGCGAGCUCUACGUGGUGAAGCGGAUGUGACAGCUGACUUGGAUGAAAUCAAGAAUGAGGACAAGGCUCAGCAUCAGGAAGCCAAGGUGUCCAUUGUAGGUUUGUUCAAGGCGAGUAAUCUGAGAUGGCCGCUGCUCAUCAGCAUCGUGAUGCAUUUGUCUCAGCAGUUUUCCGGGAUCGUAGCGGUGUUUUAUUACUCUGUGGGUUUGUUCGAGAGUGCGGGACUAUCAUCUAGCACGGCUUCAUACGCCACCAGCGGUGUGGGGGCGGUCAUGGUUGUCAUGACGUUCAUCACCAUCCCGCUGAUGGACCGCGUGGGAAGGCGUACUCUCCACCUCUCGGGUUUAGCCAGCAUGUUCAUCUUCAGCCUUCUCAUCACCAUCACUUUGGCUUUGAGACACAAGGUCGCCUGGUUCAACAUCGCCAGUAUCGUCAUGUCACUCCUGUAUGUAGCAUCAUUCGCGCUUGGUCCAGGUUCCAUACCAUGGCUGAUUGUCGCAGAACUGUUUUCGCAAGGCCCACGCACUGCAGCCAUCAGUGUUUCUGUUCUUGUCAACUGGGUUGCCAACUUUGCAGUGGGAUUUCUAUACCAGUACAUGCAGCUUGGGCUCGGGGACUAUUCUUUCCUGCCAUUUACGGGUCUUCUCUUCCUGUUUGUGGCAUUCUUGUACAAGACCCUUCCUGAAACCAUGAACAAGUCGUUCGAGGAAAUUUCUUCGUCGUUCAAAAGCGGGAAUAAAAACGUUCAGAAUGGCAAAACAACCAAUGAUGUGGAUUUUGUCGCUAAGUACACGCCUACUCAGCCCUGAUGUUUCCACGUACAAUGCCUUGAAUCUAAUCGGGAAACGUGAAAAUUAAACAAAAAGCUUGAUCCAGACUGUUGAGAGACUUCGCUUGGGAAAUCUUCACGCCCUUAGGAGCAAGAGAGGUUUUGUGUCUUUUUCUUAAUACAGCGAGACAGCAUUUAAUUCCUCUGCUGUUUUCUUCCCUUCUCUUCAGCCCCAUGUUUUUUCAUGAAUUUGGAUCUGGAAAGUUUAACCUUUGCCAUCGAAUAAAUGUCAUUCUCAUUAAAAUGCACAAAGCACAAGGCCUACAAAUAAGCUUUUAAACAUGGAUUGCUUUUGAUCUCAGUGAGAUUGGUGACCAACAUUGACAUUUGAAAUCUCUUAAAAUUUGUUGACAAAACUUAAAUUCAAAUCAGUAGUUGUCAAAUCAGUGGAUAACUGUUUACAAGUGUGACCGUUUCAUGGAUUGUCUCUUGAUGCGCAGAUCUGGUGAAAGUUGCACAUUGUUUUGCUUGCUUUUUUUCACACAAAUGUACAUUAUAAUUUCUGUAGUACAUAUCAAUUUCAUGCGGUGUUUUUUUUUGAGAAUAUAACUUACGAAAUGCUUUUAACUGAAAUACUUAUAAUUAACUUAUUGUAGCCGUAUUGUUAACUUUGGAGACAAAAAACAGCAUUAUUAUGCGUCUCAGUAAAUACAAAAUAAGUUGUUUUAACUUUAUUUAUAUUAUAUGUAUACCUUUGAUAUUACGCAUAUACAUCUGUUAUUUUUGUACGCUAGUACUUUCAUUGUAGUCUGUAGACCGGGCCUGUCA